CCGGCCGGCGGGCCCCCCUCCCCCCGCCCGGCGCGGGCCUCUGCCGCGGGGAUGGCCGCCGAGGUGUGGGAGGUCGUCGGCGGCUUCGACAAGGGCGGCAUCCUCGUGCGCGAGGGCGGAGACUCCACGUCCAAGCAGUGCGAAGAGCGCCUCGCCUUCGGCGCCCUUGUCAAGAAGGUGGAGCUCCGGGACGUGAAGCUGCACUACCAGCUGCUCCUCGGAGAUGGGCCUAUCGAGGCGGGCAGCACCGAAGCCUGGCGGAGAGUCGGACCGCUCGGCCGCACGUCGGAGCGAGGCGUGUCCGCUCAGCACGCGCGGGCUGCGCACGCCUGCAGGGCAGCUCUGCCUCGUUGCCUCUGCGUGCCGUGCCUCGUGCUGCUCGCGUCGUCGUGCGGGGGAGGCGCCGUCGAGCGAGGUCGGCGCGGCACGGAGCCCAGUGAAGGCUUCUGCAAGGAGCCCAGUGAGGGCUUCUGCAAGGAGCCCAGUGAGGGCUUCUGCAAGGAGCCCAGUGAGGGCUUCUGCAAGGAGCCCAGUGAGGGCUUCUGCAAGGAGCCCAGUGAGGGCUUCUGCAAAGAGCCCAGUGAGGGCUUCUGCAAGGAGCCCAGUGAGGGCUUCUGCAAGGAGCCCAGUGAGGGCUUCUGCAAGGAGCCCAGUGAGGGCUUCUGUAAGGAGGCCACUAAGAGGGCUUCUGUAAGGAGCCCAGUGAGGGCUUCUGAAAGGAGGCCACUAAGAGGGCUUCUGAAAGUAGGCCAGUGA